CAAGCGGACGACGAAUUCCGGCUGGAAAACGGCGUGCACGCGUGGCGCUUUGGCACGCUCUUCGAUCUGGGUUUGCCGAAGGCGAGCGAUUAUGUUGAAAUGUCAGCGAAUGAGGUGGGAGUUGAUGCCGAACAAGCAUAUGAGAGAUGGCAAAGGUUGAAAAAUCGGCUGCGCCACCCAGUCCAACAGGCGAAUGACAGCGAGGCUUAUUUUUUUGGUUAUCCCACGGGGCUGGUAACUCUUCCAGACGUGUUUUUGGCCGCGCGGGCGACGAAGGAGCGGCAGCUUCUGAGGACUGCAAGUUUUUCAUCUGCCAUGAUUCCAGGAGGAUCUGCUUCAUCUGGAGUAGAUCAUCUCCAAUCCCCGGUGGCAAGUGGAAGCGGAGGUGCGACCACGUCCUACGACGGCACAACCGCUGCUUAUUUUGCAACUGGUGCAAUUACAAAUAACGAGGAUUUUUACAUCAUGUCGACGUCGGCCUCCGCAUGCGAUCCAGCCCUACAGGAAGUUGCAUCGUCCCGCUCGUCUCUGGUUCAAGAUAAAACCAUUGUCACGGAAGUGCUCGCUCUCACAACCUCCACGUCUCAUCGGCACCUGUAUCGAGAUGCAAGCGAAGAUAUUGAUCAACACGAGCUUGCUCCCGCCAUUGCCAGCACUGACCCGCAUUCCUACGAGGGAAUCUUUUACACGAAACUCUGCAACUGGCUGCAUCACUUACUCGUGACCGGGUGGAUAUUCGUUCCCGAUCCCGAGGAUGAAAAUAACCGGGCGGUCAAACAGUGGCAUCCGUUCCACCUCGCCGUUCAAGCGCUUUUCCAAACGGACGAGGAGACCCGGCGAUUUCAGGGCGGCGACCGACAGAUGCUGCGCGAACCGUGGUUGGAUGAUGAUGGGAACCUCGACGUGGGUAUCUACUUCCCGACUGCCUGCAAAAGGCUUUUGCAACAGAUGUGGGAAAAUUUGGAUCAAAUGGUGUACACGUUCAACUUUCCCAAGCUGGCGAAGAGCUUUUUAGUGGACGAGGACACAUAUCACGCUGUGCUUUUGAAGACGUCGGAAGCCGCUUCAACAUCUACUGAAGAUCAUGUCGUUGUUGCCAAGAAAAAUGUUGACUCUCUGUUGCGAAGGAGUAGAAAUAGAAAAUUAGGAUAUCAGCUGCACGGUGGUCAACAAGGCGUAGAAAAAAGCGAAAAACCCCCAGAAGCUGCAGAUGAAGCACGUACAAGAACUCUAGCACUAGCUGAGCAAGAAGUAACCGACGACGACGUCUGCCCUUUUGUCUUGUACGGCACCAGCAUGGGCGAAAUGGACCGCUUUAACGAAGAAUUGCAGGAGAGGAGCAGCAGCUGUGGCGCAGUAGCCGGCGCUUCCACUCCUCAUGUGGGACAAGCCAAGUAUGCUGCUGCAACAACGACUACCUCUACCGGCGGAGCGACAGGAAGCAGUGGAGCAGCUCCCACCGUGGACUUAAUAGAGCCGUUGCGGGAAGCUUACUUCCGCAACUCCGUUUCGACAUCGGGUGCAGCUCGGACUGCCGCAGAAAGCCCUGCUAGACGCCGGGGGUCCACUGCUCUAUUUGGGAGACAUUCCGUGAAGAAGAGCACCAAAUUUCCGAGACCAGUGCAGCGGCAGAGUACUAGCGAAGGGCACGGGGAGGAGGGUGCUGCAGGGGCGACUACUGCCUCUCCUGCUGCUGAUGAAUCGCAUAGUACCCGGGGGGUGGACGAAGUACAAUUAGGUGCUGCGGUGCAGCAGGAUAAAGAGCUGCGAGAUGAUGUUCUUGCUCAGGAACAAAAUCAGGAGGACCUAGCACCACGGAAGAGGUUGGAGAUUUCGUUCGACGAUGCUCAACACCGCGAGGCCUUUCGCGACAGAUUUCCUCGCUCGGAGAUUGCUGACCUGGG